AUGAUGGAAUACGCCCAAUACCAGCAACAACCGCAAAACGCACACUCACAACCACACAUUCAGACGGGUUACCCGAACUCUGCAGGCGGCAACAGCAUCAACUCGGCCUCUUCUCAGCACCUAUCGCAAACAUCGCCCAUCCUCCCUUCACAACAGCACCAGCCAUCUCCGACGCAGACACACAACAUGUACCAGACUCAGUACGCUGUUCCUCAGCAAAGCAUGCAUUAUGGCAUGCCGGGUAUCCAGGCUGCAGCUAUGGCUGCGACGGCGGCCGCUUCGGGUUCUUCCUAUCCCUACAUGGCGUCGGACCCUAGCCUGCAGCAGUCGCCUAGGAUGUCGGGCGUCAACGCGAAGAAGGACGCUAGGGCAGGGCCGCGGUCGCCACAGCAGAUGAAUACGAUGCCUCAGCAGCGGCGACUCAGCCAGGUCGCGAGCCCGGGGGUUGGAAAUGCGCCCACGAUGUUGAACCACGCGGGUGCGCGCUCGGCAGUCCCCCCUCCGAUGACCGCGGCCCAGCAAAUGCCACCGCCGCAGUCACCCGAGAUAGCGUCUGGAGUCGUGGAGGAAUCGCCCCUCUACGUCAACGCUAAGCAGUUUCACCGCAUUCUCAAGCGGAGGGUUGCCCGGCAAAAACUCGAGGAGGCACUUCGGCUGACUAGUAAAGGCCGGAAGCCUUACCUCCAUGAGUCGAGACAUAACCACGCUAUGCGACGGCCGCGCGGACCUGGAGGGCGCUUCUUGACGGCCGAAGAAGUUGCGCAGAUGGAGAAGGACAAGUCGGGUGGUGCAAACCCAGGGGGCAAAACGGAAGGCUCCGAGCAGACAAGCACGAAGACGGCGACCGGAGCGACGAAACGGAAGUCAGAUGGCAACAGUGCCGCCACAACUACAUCAAAGAAGGCAAAGAGAACGGCGGCGUCGAGCCCCGAGGAGGAGGAGGACGAUGAAGACGAAUGA